AUGGCCAAGCACUUCGAUAUUGGCGCGUGGUCUAAAGAGCAGAAACGACUAAAGCAAAAGUCGUUCGAACUAAAAAAUACCAUAGCUGGAUUAAAUGAAGAUAUCGCAUCGAAGGAACAGGCCAUCAAAGACCUAAAACGAAAGGUGAGCUGGCGUUCGUCCGAAUGAUUAAUCUUGACUUGAAUGUCUAUCCAUUACUCUAUUCUAGGUAUUAAACCCUGUAUAAGAAGGUUUUAUUGUGCUGCUAUGUGUGUCAUGCAAAGUUAACAACACUUCUCCUAUAGAUUUUAUUUGCUCCAGUGUGACAAAAAUAUAAAAUUAUGUCAAUGUUUGACCAUGGUAGCUUGUUCAAAAGCUGAUACAAGGUCAAGCUGCAAGGGUCUUCCCCAGAUGAGUAUAUUGCAAAUAAUUUUAUCUCCCCUUGUAUUGGCAAUGGAAAUUCUUUAGUGUUAGCAACAGUAAAUAACAAAUAAGGCUAAACAUGAGGCAUUGGGCCUAAUGGGUUUACUGAGAAAACCAGACAUUGGCAGAUAUUUUUGUUAACCAUUAACCCAUUAAUUGCCAGCGCUCUCCCCUUGACAAGUAAAAUCGUCUGCCGUUGGACACCGUAAAACAGUAAAGUAGGGCGGAUCGGGUCGCAAUGCAACCCAAUGGGUUAAGGUUCAACAGUCUUUGCUAAACAAGGAAAAGUGGAUAAAGUGAAGUAGCAAAUAUAGUAGGGCAAACCGGCCAAGGCACAUUGUGCCUGAUUUGUCUCAUAGAAAAUAUUAAAUAUGUAUGUAUGUAAAAAUCUUUUGCCUUUCUUAUAGAGGGGUUCGUUACUGAAUGAACAAGUGAAACUUCCCCGCACGUCUUCUAUAAAAAAUCCAUCAUUGUGCACCCCGUCAAACAGUGAGAAGCUAGACCUACCUCAAAGUGUUGCCAGAAAGAGGAGAAAGUUAAUGUUUACCAAUGCUGUGGCGGUAAAUGCCCCAUCAUCUGACAACGCCGAAUCCAAAAGAAAAUACGCAUUAAAUGGUUUGUGGAAUACUUUCGUAAAUACUGCCAGUGAAUAUGAAGUGAAGCAAUACCUAUUAAAUUCUUCUAAAGUUAUGAAAAAGGUCCUACCAACCAUUGUCAAUACUGCUGUGAAGAGGUACGAACUUGGCCAAAGCAACCUUGUUCGAUCUGUAGCAGUACUCUAUGAAGGUGGGAUAUCAAGCAAAAGCCAAUACAAUAGAAAACGAAGCAAAGAGAUCUUUGAAAUUGAUGAAAGUGGAAAGAAACACCAGGUCACAUAUAUGGAUAAAUGCAAAAUUCCUAAGCUUGCUGACUACAAAACUGUUAUGAGGUUUGUAAAUAGUGUUGAUAUUGGUGAGUUACGUGAUAUUCCCAGGGCAAAGAAGACCAAGUUUGACAAAGCGGUGUAUCAAAUGGACGAUGAAGAUAAUGAGGGUGAUUUACAUCCCCCUGUUUCUGGAUGUUUCAGGGACUUAAAGUGCUUUCUUAUUAAAUUAGCUAAAUUGUACCUAGUUAUUAACCAGAAACGCCCGGGCUAUUUAAAUUGGUUUGGGCUCCCAGUCGGUUCUUUUCAGGUUGCAAUAGGUGCCGACGGUGCCCCUUUUGGGAAGUAUAACCAAGCAACAGCAUGGCUUGUGUCCUUUUUGAAUGUCGUAGAUAGAAUUGCCAGUUGCAAUGAAAACCAUUUGAUUUGUGGGGCAAACUGCUCAGAAGAGCAUCCUUCAAUGGUAGAGUAUGGCAAACUAAUAAGGAAAGAUAUUGAAAGAAUUGAAAAAAAGUUUAUGUUAUUGACGGGAUAA